AUGAGUGAAACAAAUAUUUCCGCAAAUCAAACAACCUCAGCGGAAAUUUAUGAAAAAAUCACCGAAUAUGUGAACCAAAAGAACAAUAACUACGAAAUCCUUGAAUAUUAUCUUAAUUCAAACUUAAUUAACAAGGACACACAAGUAAAUAUCCUAACUGACAUAUUUAAAUCAAAAGAUCUCCCUAACAAAUACCAUACUCCAUUAAAUCCAAACUCGUUACCCAAGAAUCCCUACAAUUCAAUGAAAAAUGUCAAAGAUUAUCAACCGACAUUCUCAGAAACUAAGAAACACUCAUAUGGAUUCAUCGAGCCACAGGUUCAAUACUCAUAUUGCGUUUAUUUACUUAAUGAAAUCGCCAAACUUGAUGAAUAUUAUUAUUUAGCUUUUUAUGAACUAGGGAAAGUACUAAAAUUUGAUAACAAACUCAUAUUCAAAUAUGAUAUACUAACGAACAGACUAUUAAAAUCAUUUGCCAAGCUAUUUCUCUAUUCAGAUUAUUCCACAAAUCCGAAAGCUUUAAGUUGGAGAUUAUGGAUGACUUGUUUCGAAGAUUCUCUAAACAAGAUAGACUAUCAUACAUACAGCGUCUUUGAUUUUGCUUAUCACUUAGCAGAAACGUAUUCCUACGAAAUUCCAAUUGUUUUUGAAGAAGUUGAAGUUUAUUUUGCCAAUAUACUCGCAAAAUCAAUUUUUGGAGUUGAUCCAAUAGAAAAAAUAACUCCUAAUAGUAAUUUAUCUUUCAUGGAAUACUUCGAUAUGAUAAAGAAAUCAAAUCCAGAUCUGUCUGAAGAAAAACUAAAUCAAAUAAGACAACUUUGUUUCGAUUACGAAAUAACAAAAGAACCAAAUAUUGAGUUCAGAGAACUUUACGAAGAAGAAAACUUUUUGGAUGACACUACUUGGCUCACUUUGAGUACAAAAUUUUGCGAUUGUCUUAACAACAAAAAAUUCUCAUUAUGUCAUAUCAUUUACAAACUUUGUCGUUGCUUAGAGCUGAUCAGAACUUCACCAGAAAAAGAUUGUUUAUUAGAUCUUGUUAAGAAAUAG